UGUCAUGAUCAUCUGUCCUUUGAAAGAUUGAAGUUUUCCGAAAACAAGAAACAAAUUUUACAGGGGCCUGAAUAUUCUGUAAUUUCAAAUAUGUUUUCAAAGGCUUGAUAUGGGUGUAGGAUAUAAAUAUGGGAUUUGAAUUGAACAGGUUUCAAGGAGAGGUCGAUGAAGAGCUUGUUUGUCCGAUAUGUUCGGGAGUUUUAGAAGAUCCUUUACAGGCCCCCGUAUGUGAACAUGCCUUUUGCAAAUCGUGCAUAACAGAGUGGAUCUCAAGACAACCAACAUGUCCAGUUGACAGACAAAGCGUUACGUCUCCACAGUUGCGCCAAGUUCCAAGAAUAUUGAGAAACCUACUCUCUAGAUUGUGCAUUUCUUGUGAUAACGCCCAAUACGGCUGUACUCGUGUGCUGAAACUAGAUGCGUUAGCUUCUCACUUAGAAGAAUGUGAACACAAUCCAAAGAGGCCUCUUCCUUGUGAACAGGGAUGUGGCCUGAUUAUACCUAAAGAUGAACUGAAAGAUCACAACUGCGUUAAAGAACUAAGAGCUUUGAUACAUACGCAGCAGCAGAAGAUGAAUGAAUUUCAACAGGAGAUAAACGAGCAGAGAUUUUUAAUUUCUGAACAAAGGAGAGAAAUGCAGCUACUUAAGGAUUUUAUGAGAGCAAUGAGAAUAUCGAACCCAUCAAUGCGAGCAAUUGCUGAUGCAAUGGAGAGAGAUGAAGUACUGCGCUGGAGUAACUCCCUACAAAGAGCAAGAGUAACUAGAUGGGGAGGAAUGAUCUCAACACCUGAUGAAAUUUUGCAGGUGCCAACAAAUUUAUUAUUUUGCUCAAUGAAAUUUUAAAUUGCUUCUACAUCC